GCACCCACGAGGGGAAGUCUGUAACGGCUACCACACAUUUUCAACCGAAAUUACCAAAAUGGCCUCAAUUCUCGAAUUGAUUGGCCAGCAUCGCCGCACCACACCACCACCUACAGAGCUUGUGGUCGCCAUUAACGGUCUGAGUUGCCCUCGGCCUCAGUUUCUGCCACUCACCCACUUACAGACACAAACCCACAACCACACCCACGCCCACACCCACACUCACUCUGUGUCUCCCUCCAUGAUCACCUGCAAAUUUUCAGGCUCCAACCUUAGAGCUCAUGCUCUCCAAGUUACGUCGAAAGCAAGCCCCGGGUUUCCGAGCCUUUUUGAAUUUCAACUUCACCCUUCCCAGCGCUGCAGAAAGUGGGUAGCUAUAUCUUCCACGUUUGGCAGAACCCAAUGGACCCACUCCCGGAAGAACCUUCUGCAUACUAGUAAUACCCAUACCGAGGGUGUAGAAGAUGAGAAUGAACAGAGAAAGGUACAUUGCGAGGUGGAAGUGAUAUCUUGGAGGGAACGGAGAAUCAAGGCCUACAUUUCUGUUAAUGCCGACAUCGAAUCGGUCUGGAAUGCUCUUACCGAUUACGAGCGCCUCGCCGAUUUCAUCCCCAAUCUUGUUUGCAGCGGGAGAAUACCUUGCCCACAUCCCGGCCGGAUAUGGUUGGAGCAAAGAGGCUUGCAAAGGGCACUAUAUUGGCACAUUGAAGCACGUGUUGUCUUGGAUCUUCAAGAAUUCCCCAAUGCUAAUGACCGUGAACUCCACUUUUCCAUGGUUGAUGGAGAUUUCAAGAAGUUUGAAGGCAAAUGGUCAUUAAAAUCUGGACUGAGUUCAUCAUCAACAACUUUAUCUUAUGAAGUUAAUGUGAUACCAAGAUUCAGUUUUCCUGCCAUUUUCUUGGAGCGAAUCAUCAGAUCAGAUCUGCCUGUAAAUCUUCAAGCAUUGGCUUGUAGAGCUGAAAGGAACGUUGAAGGGAUGAAGAAUGUCACACUCAGUGGGAAUGCCUCUGCACAAACAUCUAUGUGUGUUGUUAGUUCAAUCCACAAGAACUCGGAUGGUACAUUGUGUGAAAUGGAUAAAUUGUCACUUGGAGAGUUUAAAGAGAGAUUUGCUGGCUCUAAUGUUGGUCCCUUGCCUCCAACUUCUAGUGAACCGAACAGUAACUGGGGUGUCUUUGGAAAAGUUUGCAGACUUGAUAGACCUUGCUUGGUGGAUGAAGUUCAUCUUCGUAGAUUUGACGGUCUAUUGGAAAAUGGAGGCGUUCAUCGUUGUGUUGUUGCUAGCAUCACAGUAAAAGCUUCUGUUCAUGAAGUAUGGAGCAUUUUAACUGCUUAUGAAAGUCUUCCCGAAAUAGUUCCCAAUUUAGCAAUCAGCAAGAUAUUGUCACGAGAAAACAACAAGGUCCGCAUUCUUCAGGAAGGAUGUAAGGGUCUACUUUAUAUGGUACUUCAUGCACGUGUUGUGCUAGACCUGUGCGAACAUCUUGAACAUGAAAUUAGUUUUGAACAAGUUGAAGGGGACUUCGACUCAUUCCAAGGUAAAUGGCUUUUUGAGCAACUAGGAAAUCAUCACACGUUGUUGAAGUACACUGUGGAGUCAAAAAUGCGCAAGGAUACCUUUCUUUCUGAAGCUAUCAUGGAGGAGGUUAUAUAUGAAGAUCUUCCAUCAAACUUGUGUGCAAUUCGAGACUAUGUUGAAAGAAGGGAAAUGACUCACUCGCCUGAAGCCUGUGACCAAACUAGAUAUUCCGAGGACCAAAUUGCUUCACCUAGCAUUGAUAUGGUUCAUGAUUUUAGUGAUAUAAUGACCAAGCAGGUCUCUGAUUUGAUUGUUCAAAGUUCAUGUCAGAGGCCUAGGGUCCCAGGCCUGCAAAGAGACGUUGAAGUUCUUAAAGCUGAGCUCCUCAAAUUUAUUUCAGAACAUGGGCAGGAAGGAUUUAUGCCCAUGAGAAAGCAACUUCGUUUGCAUGGAAGAGUAGAUAUUGAGAAGGCAAUCACACGUAUGGGUGGAUUUAGAAGAAUCGCCUCGCUAAUGAAUCUCACUCUUGCAUACAAACACCGCAAACCAAAGGGAUACUGGGACAAGCUUGAAAAUUUGCAGGAAGAGAUAAAUCGAUUUCAACGCAGCUGGGGUAUGGACCCAUCGUUUAUGCCCAGUAGAAAAACAUUUGAGCGUGCAGGUCGUUAUGAUAUUGCUCGUGCAUUGGAAAAAUGGGGGGGACUUCAUGAAGUUUCACGUCUUCUCUCGCUCAAGGUGAGGCACCCCAAUAGACGGGGGAACCCUACCAAAGAUAAGAAAAUUGACCAUGUAACAUCAACUGAUGUAGAGAGUGAAAAUAAGACUCGAUCUAAACCUCAUAUUUCUCAAGAUACACAGAAGUGGCUCACGAAGCUAAAACAGCUUGACAUCAAUUGGGUUGAAUGAGAACGUAAUUAUUCAUAUAUCUAUAUUUUUCAGAGAUGUUA